AUGGCCGUUCGAUCCCGAUCGCCUGCCAGUUCCAUCCUUCGAGACGCACACGAAACUGACCCUCUGCUGAACGACCGUCCAGGGUCAAUCGCCUCGAGCAGCGCAGAUCAUGGGCGGUCCAGGCCCAAGGCGGGAGGCUCCGCGCGUCGGCGACUCCAUCUCUUCGCACUCUGCGUCUUGCUCCUGACCAUCGGCGAUUUCGGCAUCUUCCUGGUCACGGUGCCGCAGACGAGGCUCUACGAAAGCAUCGCCUGCUACCGAUACUAUGAAACCCAUGAACCCAGCCGCAUUGGGCCCGGGGGCAGUGUGCGGGAGCAGUGGUGCAAAAUCGCGCCGGUGCAGGCCGAGGUCGCCUUCGUCCGGGGGUAUGAAGCGCUAUUUACGGCCAUUCCGGGCGUCGCGUUGGCCAUCCCUUACGGCUUGCUGGCCGACCGAUGGGGUCGCAAGCCCGUCGUGCUGAUGAGCAUGAUUGGCAUCUUACUGUCGAUGACCUUCACGCUUGUUGUCUGUGGACUGUGGCAGAUCUUCCCGCUGCGGCUCGUCUGGCUGUCGCCCAUCUUCACCGUCCUGGGCGGCGGCGCGCCGGUGCUGUUCUCGAUGAUCUGGACCAUGAUCGCCGAUGUCAUGCCCGAGAAUGAAAGAGCCACUGCCUUCUUCCAACUCAUGACCGGCCAAUACGUCGCGCAGAUCACCGCCACGCCCAUCGCGUCGGGCUUGAUGGAGACCCACGGGCCAUGGCUGCCCAUCCAGCUAGGCUAUAUCUGUGCCUUCAUGGCCCUCCUGAUUGCCUGUCUGCUGAAAGAGACGGCCCCACCCCGCGAUGCCGAUGCCGCCCGGAACCCGACCGGCGACGGGUCGACGACCACACAGAGCGAGACAAGCGUACGAGCCCUGCUGGAGAGCAAGUCGCGCCGCGAACUGCAGGCGCAUCUCGCCGCCCUCUGGCGCCGCGCCACCGCCGUCCUCCGCCACGACGCCAAAGUCAUCGUGCUGCUCCUCACGUUCUUCAUCAACGCCGUCGAAGAGCCGACCCAGAGCCUCAACCUGCAGUACAUCUCCGAGCGCUACGGCCUGAGCCUGGCGCGCGCCGGCUUCGUCAUCUCCAUCAAGUCGGUCGCCACCAUCGUCACGUACGUGGCGCUGCUGCCGGCCGCCUCCUGGCUGCUGCAGCAGCGGCUGGGCCUGUCGGACACGCGCAAGGAUAUGGUCCUCGCGCGGGGCAGCAUCGUCGUCCUCUCCGCGGGCUUCUUCCUCGUCGCAUGGUCCCCGACGGUGGCCAUGGCCACGGUGGGCUUCGUCCUCUCGACCUUUGGGCGGGGCUACGGCAACAUCAUCCGCUCGGUCGUCACGUCUCUGGUGCCGGCCCAGUUUACCGGACGCAUGUACACGAUGAUCACCGUCAUUGAGACGUUUGGUCUGCUUCUUUCGGGACCGCUGCUGGCUGCCCUGUUCCGGGUGGGACUGAAUCAGGGCGAUGUGCGGUGGCUGGGCCUGCCGUUCAUGGUGGCCGGGGGGAUAGGUGUUAUUGUGGCUGUCGUGAUUUCAUGUCUUGAUGUAUCGACACCGGCAGGGGCAGGAGAAGCCGAGGAGGCAGACGAUGACUCGGCCAUUGCUCGUUAA